AUGAGUACGAAUACGCCGGACCAGAAUCAUGGGCCAGACGCCGAUAUCCAGCCUGACACGUUCGAUGACGGCGACUCUGGACUUGGGUUGGGGAGCUUUCGAGACUCAACAACGUCAUUGUCUUCGAGUAUCUUUCGUUAUCGCGAAGAGAAUGGCCGAACGUACCAUGCCUACAAGGAUGGAAAAUAUAUCCUACCAAAUGACGAGAGGGAAAAUGAUCGGCUGGAUUUACAACACCAUAUGUUCUUGAUGACAUUUGAUUCGAAGUUGGUUGUGUGUCCAUUUGGGGAUAAGCUGAAUCGAGUGCUUGAUGUCGGUACUGGAACUGGAAUUUGGGCCAUCGACUUUGCCGAUGAACAUCCCGAGGCCGAUGUCAUUGGUGUAGACCUCAGUCCGAUCCAGCCGGAAUUCAUUUCUCCAAAUCUGAGGUUUGAAGUCGAUGAUGCAGAAGAGCUUUGGGCGUUCGCGCAAAAGUUCGAUCUCAUUCACACAAGAAUGCUCAAUGCGAGUUUCAGUGACUGGCCGAAAUUCUUUACACAGUGCUUGGACAACCUGGAGCCGGGAGGAUGGCUAGAGAUGCAAGACUGCGCAGUCCCUAUGCGAGCGGACGAUAAUUCGUGGCCAGACGACUCUGCGCUUAGGCAGAUGAACAAUCUCAUACUUGAAGCUGGGCCCAAGAUGGGUAGACCAGUAGACGUCGUCCAAAAGUACAAGCAACUAAUGAUCGAUGCCGGCUUUGAAAAUGUGGUGGAAAUGGUAUACAAGUGGCCUACGAAUACGUGGCCGAAAGCCGCGAAGUUUAAGGAGCUAGGAGCGUGGAGCUUGGAGAAUUUUGACUCCGGGUUGGAAGGGAUGAUAGUGGCGUUGUUCACUCGUGUACUGGGAUGGACCCACGAUGAAGUGCAGGUAUUUUUAGUGGGCGUCAGAAAGGACUUGAGGAAUAAGAAUAUUCAUGCAUAUUGGCCAAUCUACGUCGUAUACGGGCAGAAGGGGCCAGCGAAGGCUUAG